GAUGAUAGUAUAUGUUCUAGUAAAAUUUAAAUAAAUUUUAUGAUCUUGAAAAGUAAAGUAUUCGUCUAAAAUAUGAAGAUGCAUUAAUUUUUUUUCACUCCGGCAUCAUUGUUCCUAAAAUUAUUUUAAAAGAAAAUAAAAUUCCGAUAUAUGGAUAAGAAUAUAUUAGCAUUUUAUAUUAGAGGAUUUUGUAACAUUUUGUAUUAUAUUUGUUGAUUUUGAAAUAAUUUGUAAUAAUUAGAUAUAGUAUUCUUACAUUUUACAAAGAGAGAUAUGUAUACUUGUAAUAAUUAGAUAUAUGGCUUCAAAAUUUUAGAAAGAGAGAUAUGUAUACUUGUAAUAAUCUUAUGAUUGGAAUUGUAGCGCGUCGAAAUGAAGCUAACAAUGGGCCAAUUUCUAAUGAAUACAUUAUGAGGUCCAUAUAAGUGUUUUCGAGGCUUUCCAAAAUAUAUAUACAAAUAUAGAAACACAAUCUUAUUUUUUGCCAAGAUAUAUUUGACCCAAAAAAAAUCAUUAUGAAACGAUUAUUCUCUUAUUUUUAAUGUUAAACUCUUCAGUUAUUAAUUUUAUCACAACUCUUCGUCCAUUCAAGAAUUUAAAUUAUUUAAAUAUUAAAAUGACUAGCUAAUUUAAAAAGACUAGGGCAUUGUCUGCACGCAAGCGCGGAGUUGUGGAUAAAGUUCUUGUUUCAUCUCAAAAUUUUUUAGGGUUAUUGUACCUGUGAAUUUUGCGUUUUGGUAUCAUUGUUUUUUAUCGUUAUAGGGUUAGAGUUGUGAUGAUGAAUUGUGUAUGCACUGUUCUCCAAUCAUGAAGGACUAGACUUUGUUAGUUAUGUGAUUGAUAUAGUUCGUGGUGUUGCUUACUGUGUCACUCAGACUUUUUGUUUGUUUGUCUUUUUAAUUUGUUACUUGUACUGUUGAGGUUACAUAAAUUAUAUUAAUGUUGUUGAAAGUAUAUUGUAUUUCUAAAUAUUUUUUUCCAGUUUAGUUGUGUAAGUUAUGUGUAUUAAGUAAUAUUUUUUUAAUUCUUAUUAUGUUGGUUAAUAUUUUUUUUAUUUUUAAACUUGUUGAUUUUACUGGACCUUUAGAACAAAUACAUGAAGACUUAUAGAAAUAACUAUAAAAUGAGUGACAAUUAGUAUUUGGGUCUUAGUGGGUUUUAAACGAAUAUAUGUAUUUCUCAUAAGAAAACAAUAGCAUUGGCCUAUUGACAUUUAGCAUGUAAGCUAUUUUCAUAAGACAAGAGGAGUGAGCAGGUGGAGAUGUUGUUGCCGUUUUUGUGUCUGUUAGGAUUUUCUCUUGCAUCUCCUGGUGUGGUUGUGUUUGUUUUUCUUUUAUUUGAUGGAUAAUAUAUAAACAAAUAUCAUUGUUAGUUGUAUUUAUUAGAGUUUUUAAUUUACUCUGCCUUUUUGUUUAGAUAAUUUCACUGAUCUUGGUUGUCGUCUUCGUCUUCUUCGUAAGCAUCUGUGAAAGUAAGUUUGUAAAUUGUUAAAUAGUUGGCUGUAUAGUUUGUAUUUUUUUAGUUGACUCAAUGUAUGUGUCGUUGAGUUUUAGUUGAGUUGAUUGGUUUUGGUAUAUUUAUUUUUGAAGUUUAUUUGUAAGAUUAGACAAAAAGAGAGGUGAUCAUUAAUGAUUCGUCUUUUUUGGGAUUCUAGUUUUCGGUGUUUUGAUUGUUUAGGUUAUUGUGGUUUUUUUAAGCUGUAAAAUACAAAUUUGUGUAAAAUUAGAUUUUGAUAAGUUAGGGAGAUAAAUAGACGACCACAAAUCUUGGGUAGGAAAUAUUUUUAAUUAUUGAUGUUAGCACAAUAUAUACAGUAAUAUAAAGGGAAUUAUGUGUUGAUUGUUCCUUAUACGGAUCAAAGAGGAGAUGAAUAAUGACUCGAGUUGUUUCUUUGGUGAGGUCAGAGUCCUGGACAGAACGAAUUUGCCCAACCACAUCUGCGAGUUUAAAUAUCAGUUAUGAUAUCAAAACAUAAUAUAAACCCAUAUGUAAUAUGAUAAUAUACCUGGGAGUUCUAGGUUUGUGUUCGCAAUCACUUGGAGAUUGUCGAACGGUCUAAUCUUGACUGGAGAUUGAUCUAAGGAGCACCCGUGAUGACUUCAUAAAUAAUGGUUAGUGAGAUGAAACAAAUGAGGAAUGGAUGAUCAGUUAUCUUGUACAUGCUUGAGCAUCUAGCAACUUCAAAACGAUCGACUUUCACAAUGGAAUCUGUUUUCAAAGAUGGCAUGUAAUGAUUAGCACGUCCGACGGGAGUAAACCCAUGAAUCACGGAAUCUGAAAAUAAUAUUAUUCAACAAAGAAUCAGGAAAUCAAUUAAAACAAUUAUGUUAAAUAAGUGUGAUAGAUCGAAGAUUAACUUACCUUUACACUAAGGAAGAGAACCGUGAUUCCCACAAAUUCCCUAUCUUUCUUGAAGUUCAGGGAAUCCCAAAAGCAGAGAAAGCCAGAGGCUAUGCUCUGACUACUACGACUAAGACGGAGAGACUCGAAGGUUGAGUGACGGACACCGUGAUGCCGGUUUGAGGAACUGGAGAGGCAGAGAGAAAAAAAUUCUAGAAGAUGGUUAAAGCUAAGAGGAAUCAAUGAAUUUUGUGGAGAUGCAGAUUGGGUUCAUCAAUGAUGAGAAUCAUAAAUAUAUAUGGCUUACAAAUCAUAAACAUUUAUGAUAAAGCAAUUUAAGAUGGGGACAUGAUGAAGAGUUCACCGGUGAAAAAAUAGAUUAGGAACAGACACACGGCGCAACUUUGUAACUCAAACUUGUUUGAGAAAAUGAUGCAAAGAACUCAAACUCAUGUUCAACUACAACAGUUUACAAUAAGGAAAAACUAUAAUUGUUGCAAAGUUGAACUUUUUCAUAUAACGUGAUGAAUCUCAUUUAAAAAUGAAACUCAUAAUACACUUGUAGGCCCGACCCUCAGAGGAAGCCGAAGAAGCAAGGACUUUCGACCUUCAUAAUUAUAUAUUAGGUUCGGCCAUCAAUGUACAAAGUAUCAUUUAGUUUAGUGUUAUAAAUGUUGGUGUUUAUAUCUCAAUAACCCGGGUUCAAAUCAUGGGCUUGACACUUUUCACACUUUUUAAAAGCAGGAUCCACAAAACGCUAACGUGACGCGCUGAGAAGUGAGCAAAAACUCAACUAUUAUAAUCUACAUUUCCAUUAAUUUGUUCAAAUUAAAAGCCAUUGUUAAAACUUAUAUAUCUUAUUCAAACAUAAACAUUGUGUUGGAUAUAAUCUUUAUUUUGUAAGUUUUUAAAUUAAAUACAUUUUUCAAUUUUAUAGUUAAAGCUACAUUAAAUCACUAAUAUUCUUCUCUUUAUACUAUUAUUAUUUAUGUUUCAAACAAUAUACUCUUUUGUUUAUAUUACUAUCUAUAUUUUCAAACAACACUAUAAUUAGUUUUGUGUCCAAACAAUAUAAAACAUUAGAUCUCAUCUUUUUAACAAUUUCUAACCGUUUUUUUCAAAUUAUUUAGAUAAAUUAAAUAAUUGAAAAUUCAAAUCUAUAUAAAAUAAACAAAAAUAAAUCGAAUAUAUUCUUUACAUGUUUAAAUACUACAAAACAUUAUAAUAAAUAAUAAAUCAAUUCAAAUUAUUUAGAUAAAUUAAAUAAUUGAAAAUUCAAAUAUUUAUAAAACAAAUAAAAUAAUCGAAUAUAUUCUUUACAUGUUUAAAUAUAACAAAAACAUUAUAAUAAAUAAUAAAUCAAUUAAAUUAACGGAUUAUUAUAUUUAUAUUUCCUAAAUAAUGGCUAGAUUAUUUAUCAAGUAACAUAAUAAUUCAAUAAUUGAUAUUACAUAAUAUAUAUAAACAUUAUACAUUGUACAAAAAAUAUAAUAACAAAAAUAAUCUGAAAAUGUUCAAAAUAUAUAUUAUCUAAAGAAAAAUGGUUACCACAAAUUGCUAACAACGAAUUUAAACCGAUUAUAAUAUAAACCAAAUUAUUAAAAAGAUAUGUUACAUAAAACAAUUAUAAUAAAAUUAAUUAAGCUAUAUAAGAAAUAUGAUCAAGAAAUAUUUAUAGUUCUUAAUUAUUUUAUAUCUAUUAUUUUCUUUAUUAAAAUUUUGUAGAAACGUCAUAAUUUUGUAAAACUGCAAAAAAAAAAAAAAAUUUAAAAUUUGAAUUAAAAUGUGACAAUUUAUGAAACUAUAAUGAUUUAGAUCAAAUUGGAUCACAUCUCGGUCAUCCAUCGGUUCAAGUGGUUAGUUUCGGGUUAAAGUGAUGUUUUAAAUAUGGAUAUUAUAAAAAAUCUAAAUCGAGUUAUCGGGUCACUGGAUUAACCGAUUUGACAGCGGGUUCGGAUCGAAUGUAAAAGCACUGUUUUAAAUGCAAAAAUAUUUUAAAUACAUAAAAUUGUUAUAAAUUAACAAAAUAUUUGUUAAGAUAUUAGUGAAAUUUGUGUUUUCAAAGCGUGGAUCAAAAUCUAGUUGAAUGUUAAAAGCUUAUCUCUUCUUGAUAUAUUUAGGUGGUGUUAUUCAAUAGUGGAUUUAAAGUUAAUUCUAUAUAUUUUAUAAUCUAUUUUUAUUCAAUGAUUGAUUUUAAAUUCUAUACUCAAAUCUAGUGUUAUUUGUUAUUACUUUUAAAAUAUCUCAACUUAAUGAUUUUAAGUCUAGUGUUAUUAAUUUUUAGAUUUACAUUCUCUUCAUUAAAAAAAAUUAAAAUCCACAUCGUUAUUCAAUCAAAUAUUUGAAUGCAAAAAUUGAAAUCUAGUGUUAUUCAUGUUUGAUAAAAUUCUUAGAAUCAUUUGAUUUGAAAGCUGUUUGAAUGGUUUGAAUCGAGUUUUAUGUGUAAACUAAACUAAUCAAAAUCUAACGUUUUACCAUGAGAUUUUAAAUUUUUUCUUACUCAAAUAAAAAACAGUAUUAUUAGUCACUAUCUAUCAGUUUUAAUCAUCAUCACAAAAAUCAUUGUCACAAAAUAUCCCUCGAAAAAUAACUAUAGCAUGCAUGCGUGUAACACAUUGACCAUCAUUUCUAUUAUGACAUUGUUUUAUAAUUCAUUCAAACAAUUAUUUUCAUUUUAACCAAGGUCGAACAAUUAUUGUAGAAGUUUGAAACAUUGGUAGAUUUGUCAAUCAUUUAAUAUUUGAUUUAAUUCUAGUAUAUGAAUUAUGAUGAAUUUAUAAAUACAAUGAUAUAGAUUUAAAAAUCUAGAUUCAAACGAAUAAUGAAUCAAUUUGAAAUGGACAAAAUCUGAUGUUUUCAAUAUCUAAUGGAGUUGAUUUAAAUUCCAAUAACUCCCCAUUAAUUUAAAUUAUUUUGUGUGGAUAGAAAAUUCCUGGUAUUAUAUGUCCUGCUUUGACUACUACUCACUUUCAAUAGUCAAAACAAUAUAACCUUUUGCAUAACAAAGAAAUAUAUAUUAAAUCAAGAACUUGGUUUACUUUCCAUGUUUUUUGUUUGACCAGAGCGCAAAUGACAUCUUGCACGUACAUGUAUCAGAAAAUGCUUUAAAUAUUAAAUUGUUUUCCAUUUGUAGUAAAUGUCAAAUAAAACCAUAAUUAAAAAUAAAAUUGUAUUCAUAAAAUCGAACUAGGGUUUGAAAUUUUGGUAUAAAAACACCACGGCUCAGAUCACUUGUCUCUAUCUUUCACACCUCUUCAUUUUCAUAGUCUUUCCCUCAUCUGUUGAGAACCUCACAUCUUUUCUUCUCCCGUAUAGUUGUCAAAUUUAAAACAUAUCUUCCCCUCAUGUCUCUUCCGCAAAACCCCUUCACUUCAUCAACAAGACCAUCCAUGAAGAAAUCACCAUCGUUAGAGAAAGAAGGCAACCAGAUGCAUAUCAAAAACGUCGACCGAAUCAGCAAACUUCCGGACGAUAUGUUGCUCAAAAUAAUAAAGAGCUUGUCAACAGAGGAAGCGGUUCAGACAAGUUUGUUGUCCAAACGGUGGGAAGGUGUUUGGAAGCAAAUGCCUUAUCUCUUCUUCGAUAUGAAAAAUGCUCUCAAGGUGGAGUUGCCUCUAGCCGAACAAUCCCAUUUCAUUGCCCAGUUGAUAACCAAGGUUAUAAACAAUCACAGUGGCAAUCUGGAGCACUGCAAAAUCCUGCAUAUGACACCCCAAACUCAAGAUGGUACGCUGGAAACUUGGAUCCGAUCAUUGAUCCACGUGAAACACACUAAAUGUCUCGAACUUAAGAGAUUUCGUGUUAAUCGUCCUGGGAGAGCUCGUGUGCUCCACUUACCCCCAAACAUAUUUUCACAUCCAAUGCUCACAUCACUCCUUCUGUCUCGAUACCAAUUUGAGUCUGCACAUGCCUUUAACAAUUGCAAUAACCUCAUUAUUCUUAAACUUUUUAAAUUCAAAGUUGAAGGUGAUGUGCUCAACACAGUCAUUGCAUCGUGCCCCUCCCUCAAGAUGCUGGUACUAGAAAUCUUCCAAAACAGCCGAACUGGCUGUCUGAAGAUUCAUAACAACAACUUAAAGUUUGUGCAUUUGACUUGCACUGAAAUUGAUAACGUUGAAGUGUCUGCAGCUCUUCUGGACAUACUCUCUAUUCACAAUGUUAAACUUAGUAGGGGGGUUAAUAUCGUUCUUGACGCCCCAAGAUUACUUCAGUUUAGUCAAAGAUUGUGGAAGGUAUGUCAAAGUUUGCCUCACAUAGUCUACAAUAUCUCAUGCGACACUCAGGGGAAUGAAAACAUUGGGCAUGAAUUCGUGAUGAACAUAGAAAAUUACUUCAUGGUUGUGUUUGCAACUUUGGCGGUGAAUGUGGAUAUGAUGAAUCCAAAAGAAGUUUACAUGCUAAAGCAAGUUUUAGAAGCAUGGGCUAGAGACUUGCAAAUUCUCCAGAUCUUCUUUAAGGAUAACGAUAUUGACAAGAAAGAAGGUGAAUCUUCUAUUGACGGAAUACAAAAUAAGUGGGGAAAUUACUUUUUCGAUAUUGAUUUCUGUGUGAAAAGUGUGUUUUUGUAUAACUUCAAUGGUUCGGAUGAGGAUCAAUUUGCUUUGGCUGCAAGUUUUGUGAUACAAGGGAAGAUGAUGGAAAGUUUGACGAUCGAUACGUCUUCGCUUCCUGCAAACAAAACGUUGGCGAUAGAUACUGUAGUGGCGAAAUUGAUGAAACUUCCAAAAGGUAACAAGAACCUUAAUAUUAAAUACAUUUGAUUGAAUUUGAUUCAAUCUAGUUAUUGGGUCACAUGAAAAAAUCUAUACUUUCCCUUUAUUUGAGUAAGGAUAAAUUACAUGGGUUAAACAUUCAAGUAAUAUGUUUGGUGAUUUUAUGUUUUAAUAUUUGGGAUUUGUCUUGUAUUAAUCUGAAUAUUGUGAGUUGUUCCAUUAAGUUAUUAUCAUGAUCAAUACUUUUUCAGAACAAUUAACGUGUUUUCAAAAGGGAUAAAGUAUUUUCAAUUAUAUUAUACUGCUGAGUGCUGACAAAAAUCAACAUAACAUUAAAAAAAUUAUGUAAGAUUUCUCUAAACUUAAUUUGGCCACUGCGUCAAAUUUUUAUUUGUUAGAAGCAGUUUAGGGUUACAACAUUACAAAUAUGGCAUUUUAAAAACGUAGGUGAAAUACUUGUAGUAUGUUCCUCCAGUAACCGGAUUGUUGGCAAUUACUUACCAUUUCUGUGUAUAUAUAGUUAGUUUCUAUUUUUCAUAUUUAGACCUUAGAAACCCUAACAUGAAUGAUGAAUCAACGUAUCUCCCCUUCUAAAGCACAAAACAUAAGUCUCUCUUCUCCAUCUGCUUAUGAAGCCACAACAAUUCUCACAAUGUGUUUUACAUUUAAAACUUUUUGGUAGCUCAAUCAUAUCGGUUUACCAUCUGAUCAUGCAAUUGCAUGAUAGACGAAGAGAUAUAAAACUAAAAUGAUGGCUUAAGUUUCCCUCGUAAUAUUUUUUUUUGUGCAAUAAAUUUACGUGUUAAACAAAACAAAAUGCAAAUAUUUGGAGCAGAAUCUACAAAGUCUGGUCUCAAGUAGUGUAUAGCCAUGAGUUAUCAAGAAGAGACAACAGAAUUUGGAGCAGAAUCUAUAAAUCCUGGUCUCAGAACACUCACUUUCAUGAUUUCAUCUCACCACGAUAAAUGAUAGUUUCGUCCAAACUAACAAACAAACAAAAAAAACUAAGGCUUGCAUUAAAAGACAACAUUUCCUUGCUACAAUAUUGAUAACAAGAAGUAAUGAGAGUAGCUUCGGUGGAUACACAUGUAAUUCUAUACUAAUAAAAGGGACUAGAGACUAAUCGAGGCUCCAGAGAGCGUCUACGUCAGCGUAUAAUCUCUCUUCGAAAAGAAGCCACGUGGCAUUAAAUCAUAUCAUCAAAAAUAUUGAUAUAAUGUAUAUUUUACAUUUUAAUAUUACUGAUAAUUAUUAUUCCGAAAAUAUACAUUUACAUUUCAAUAUUGUCAUAUAAAAAUAAAAUCAUACGAAAAUAAUAUAUACAAUAAUAUACGAAUAAAUAAAUACAUAAUAUAAAAAAUGGAAAAAAUACAUUAAGCAUUAAACAUCUAUCUUAAAAUGUAAAUACACUUUAAAAGUACAUUUGGCAUUUUAUUAGAAUCUUAAAAUGUAAAAUAUAGAUAUUAAGUAAAUACAUAAUAUACGAAAAUAAUAUUAAUAAGUAAAUACAUAAUAUAAAAAAUGGAAAAAGUACAUUAAACAUCUAUCUUAAAAUGUAAAUAAAAAAUGAAAAAAUGGAAAAUAUAUCUUAAAAUGUAAAAUAUAGAUACUAACUAAAUAUAUAA